UUCGACAAACCUUUAACCUUGAUGUGCAUUUAGUGUUUUGAUGUUCAGUCAUAUUUACUCGUGAAAUCACAAUGGCACCACCGCACGUGCACAUGCUGUUGGAUCAAUUACCGACUUAUUUUGAUUCGUCAACAUCGAUUGAACUCGUUGAUCAUCUUUGUAACAAACUGAAGGAAUCGGGAAAAGCUCAAGGUGUAAGCGCUUUAGUCCGGAGCAACAAUGAAAGUGAUGAUGAAGAAAAUAGCAACGAAAGCCACCAACAAACUGUAUCCGGACGGAAUUUUAUGGAUAUGCCUAUGAUUCAAAAAUCCACACAAGCACCUGAUUUACUUGACUUAAUGCACGAUAUUAUUCGAGAAGUGGAAAAUUUGCGCAUCAGAGCUGGCAUUUUUGAUCAGUACGACAAUUGGCAGUACCUAACAAAAAAACUAGACAUGGAUCAGUUCCUUGCGUUUAUCUACGGAUUAGUAAGCCUUGCAGAAUAUGAUCCUACCAAAGUUACCCAUCGUAGGCUAGCUUUAAGUGCUGCAAGACUUUAUAUUGUGCUUCUGAGUACACCAGGUCAAAAACAAACAAUAGCAUUUAAUGAAUACGUGCUGUCGAAAACCUUCGAUGUUUUUCAAGUGAUCAGACAGCUUCGCGAUCCAAAAUAUUCGGAAAAAUUCAAUGUACGCGCAUUUUCCACAGCUGAGGAAAAUCGGUUGCUUUUGGAUUACAUACCGCUGUUAGACGAUGUACAAUUGCUACUUCGUUGCAUGACUCUAAAAAAUUGUGAAUCCACCAAAAUUCAAAUGAUUAAGUCAAUGACAAGUCUAAUUACUUUCUGUGCUAAACAUGCGUGGAAUCGUGUAGAGGCUGAGCAGUUGGUAGAUAAAAUUUAUUCAACGAUGAGUGUAAUGUGUCUUCCAGAGCAUGAUGCUCAUGACAAUUGUUCCACCAACAUAAGCAUGAUUCUGAAUAAAACAGCUGUAUUGUACACAGUAGAGUUUAAAUGCGCCCCUGAAGCAUUUCAGGUGUACAAUUUCUUCAUACGAUUGCUUGAACAAUACCCCAAAGAUACGGCUGAGGUGUUGACCAACUUUAUUAAAUCCGUCCUAACAAACACGCCCAAAGUGUUUCAGCGUCCUGAUAGUUUUGCUUACCUUUUGGAUAUCGCGGUAAAAUAUGAAUUGGCAAUAUUUAGUAAAUGCAAUGUUUCGAUAGUGGAUUAUUUGAAAGCGAUUGAGACAAAUGUCGAGAGCAGUACUCGAAUAAAUAUUAUAGAACUGGUCAGCAGGCUAGCUACGGUGGAUUGCAUUGUUGACUGGGAACUAUUUCAGUCAGAGAUAUCAAAAGUGCCGCGUGAAAUUGAGAUGAUUCGAAUUUUGUAUAACAAACUUCUUGAAAAGUCAAACACGGUAAAGCAAAAAGCCUUUCAAUGUCUGCUACGAAUGUUACAAAAUGGCAACAAAAUCAUCAAGGAAAUUUUUCACAGUGCUUUCUAUCGACCAAAUGCGGAUGAAGACGAAAUAAACUAUCUAAUAUUAAAUGACGUGGAAGAAUUGUAUCAAACAGCAGAACUUGAAUUAGGGAUAUCGAGAAAUGUACUAAAAUUUAAAAAACAGUCCACUAACAACACUACAUCUAAUAAAGUGGCUAAUACAAGCAGAACUUUGCAAGUUCCUAUAGCAGCCGCUUCGCAUAUUGAAGGUUUAGAAAUUAUUAAUGACAUUCUUAAAUUAUUGCCUAACAUAAUACAUGAAGCAACACUUUCUCCCAUGUCUGCCAUCCGACGAGUAGCUCUGUCUUGUUUGGAGUGCAUUUUGGAGCUAGAUCGAAAUAGAAUAGAUGAUCCCGUGUUCGAGAGCAUCAUUAUAAAGCUGGCGAAAGAUCCCGUCAUGCUGAUGCGACGCACAACUUUAAAUGUAUUGAAUAAAUUGAUAGGCCUGUAUCCAAAUUACCUUCCUCUUAUCAAAUUGUGGUCCAAAUGCCUGUUGUUUUUUAUGGACGACGUAGAUCAAAAACUCAAGGAAUCCGCUAUGGAAAGUUUGAAAACAAAUGUGUUUGACAACAUGUGCCGUUUCGAAGACUCAUCCACUGGGAAAAUUUUUACGCCAUGGAUGAUUGUGAGAGCAAUACUUGUUCUUGGAAAGAUAAAUGUGCUCAAAGCUGCUGUCGAAUCCUGGAUACAGAAAUCAAUACUCACGCCAACAAAUUUAAGCAUCAUAGAAUCACACAUCUUCACGGUAAACUGCAGCGAAGCAUGGAUAAUACUAUCCAUUAUUGCUUGCAAAAUGAAAUCUCGCAAUCCAGACGUGGUUAUAAAAACAAUGUGCGAUAUUCUGCAGCAAGAUACGUACAAUUCUCCAAUAUGCCUACAAUACAUACUUUCUGUUAUAAAAUCUUGGCUGACUGAUUUUACUCGUGCUGGGUUAAACCAUUUAUUUAAAAUUUUAAGUGAUUUACUGCGAACUGGAAGCACCAACAUUUCUUUAGUUAGUGACAUAUACAGCUUGUGUUGCAUGAUCAAAGAGAAAUCAGAUGGUACUGUCAGCGAAAAUUGGAUUACUAGCAUACGUGACAGUAGCGCAGAAUAUCUUCUACACUAUCAUUCGCAUUACGCCAGUAUGCACAUGACAAAUGAGCGUUAUCUUAUUAGUUUACUUGUUUACACGGAAUCAUCAACAGACCUUAAUGAUAAACCAGAUCAAAACAUAUUAAACAUAUUGCAGAAAUAUCUAUCACUAAUUGCAUCAAAUGAAAAGUUGUUGUCCAUGCAGACUGAUCAAAAUAGGAAAAUCAAUGUAACAAUAAUCGUGCUGGCUAGAUUUGGUUUACGCGAUGGAGCGGUGGCUUCAACAGUUGUUGCAGAUUUCAACAAGAUACUGUUGUUCAAAAAUAUAAAUGAAAGCAUUAUAUGCACAUUGAUCACAGCUUUCUCAGAUCUUUGCAAGCGGCACACAUCUUUGGUGGAUUCGUCAAUUAAAACGGUCAUUGGGCAGUUAAGCUCUAGUUAUUUGACCGUGCGGAGUGUGGCCUUAAAUAAUCUAAAUGAAUUAAUUCUACAGGAUUAUGUUAAAAUGCGUGGUGGUGUGUUACUGAACAUACUUAAAUUAAUUAUUGAUGAAGAUGAACAGAUUGCCGCUCAAGCACUCUACGUCAUUCAGCAGUACGUCCAUUCAAAAAAUGAAAAUAUGUUGAAAGUUUCCUUGCUGGAAUGUGUAUACGCCUUCAAUAACUAUUUGCAAUAUGCAGAAAGAGACAUGUUUCCGGCUUCUGAAUUCUCAUGCGAAACAUGCGAUUUAGCAGGCAGCUCGGAGGAUUCAUUACGAAAACGAUGUGCGAUCUACGAUUUUUUCGCAGAAAAUAUAGAUGACAGCAGUUUGCUUAAACUUUUAAAGAAUGUGAAUAAAAUUCAUCACCAGCUAUCAAAAGGAAAAUAUGUUGAAUGUUCACAAGGUGUUGCAACGCUCCUUGAUUUACUUUAUGUAUUCACAAUGAUGUGUAAAGCCUAUGAACGUGACAAAUUAAAAAUGUCAAAGAUCGGAAACACGAGGAACGAAGAAGAUACAAUAGAACACCAAGAAGAUGGACCAUCUGCUUCAAAAAAGUUAAAAACUGCCCAGGCUCAAAUUGAUAAAGAAAUUGCGACAACUACGGAGAAAAUGAUUGCCAUUUAUUACAGUUUCCAACAAGAGGUGCUUAACUAUAUUCAAAAAGUUGAACCAGACAAAACAGAAGCUGCAAAUCAUCGAUUAAAUGAAUUUGCUACUGCAAUUGCUAGAAACUUUCGUUCUUUGGUAGAAUUUGCCAAACCAAUGAAUUUCUGGAGGGCACUGAUGAAAGCAACGGAUGAUAAACAAGAUCUCAAACAAAAUUCGAGUAAAAGAAAAGAUUUAAAAAGAGGUUUAAACACAGAAAUAAACAACCUCGGUUCCGAUGAAGAAGAGUAUAUGCAAGAUGCAAAUGAUAUCGGUAUUGAAAUUCUACACGACAUUUAAAUUGGCAGGAAAUUUAUUUCAUACAAGCUGACCCAACGAACUUCGCUUCGUCUCAUUUUAAUAAUACGCUAAUAAUGGAAUAAUAAAAUAUUGGAACUC